CGGAGUAGGGCGAGCUUCAAGCGCGGGGCAGCGGCGGCGGAGCUCCGGCCCGGGCGAGGCGGCAGGCAGGCAGGGGGCGCUCGGAGCCCUCCGGCCGCAGCAGCCCCGCCGCGCCGCGCCCCGCCCGGCUCUGCCGCCUUUGUCCCGCGGGCUGCCCGGCCAUGGCCGCGGCGGAGGUGCGCAAGUUCACCAAGCGGCUGAGCAAGCCGGGCACGGCGGCCGAGCUGCGGCACAGCGUCUCCGAGGCGGUGCGGAGCUCCCCGGCGCAGGAAAAAACGAAGGUGAGCCAGCCUUUGGACUACGAGAAUGUGAUCAGCCAACGGAAAGCCCAGAUCUACAGCGACCCUUUCCGGGACCUGCUCAUGUUUCCCAUGGAAGAUGCCUCACUCUCGGUUAUCAGUCGCCAGAGGAGAACUGUCCAUUCUUCAGUGCCAGAAGAUGCUUUGAAGAAGGCCCAGAGUCUCUUUGUCCAAGAGUGUAUUAAAGCCUACAGCUCAGACUGGCACGUCGUGAACUACAAAUACGACGAAUAUUCUGGUGAUUUCCGAAUGUUACCGUGCAAAUCCUUCAGGCCAGAAAAGGUUCCAAGCCACGUCUUUGAAGCUGAUGAAGACUUUGAUAAAGACGAGGACACUUCCUCGCUCUGCUCCCACAAGGGUGGUGUGAUCAGGCAAGGCUGGCUGUACAAGGCCAAUGUCAACAGUACCAUCACUGUGACCAUGAAAGUGUUCAAGAGAAGGUACUUCUACCUGACACAACUUCCAGACGGCUCUUACAUCCUCAAUUCCUACAAAGAUGAGAAGAUUUCCAAGGAAUCCAAAGGAUGCAUCUUUCUGGAUUCUUGCAUAGACGUUGUGCAGUGCCCCAAGAUGCGCCGAAACGCCUUUGAGCUGAAGAUGCUGGAUAAGUACAGCCACUACCUGGCUGCGGAAACGGAGUCGGAGAUGGGAGACUGGCUGGCCACGCUGCGGAAGGUCAUUCAGGCCAACACGGAGGGACCGGAGAAGAAGGAGGCGGCAGAGUUCAUGCCUGAUGAUGACUCCAGCAGCCAUGGAAAGUUGGAGAACAUCUUGGAAAGCUUAGGAAGAAGCCUGCAUCCAGAGCUCAUGAAGUACGGCCGAGAAACGGAGCAGCUGAGCAAACUCAGCCGCAGCGAAGGCAGGCAGAACCUCUUCUCCUUUGAUCCAGAAGUGCAGUGUUCCCAGGUGGAGCCGUUCUUCCUCAGCCUGGCUCUCUUCGAUCUGAAAAACUGUUGCAAGAUCUCAGCAGAUUUCCACGUGGACUUAAAUUCUGGGCCCGUGCGGGAGAUGCUGCAUGACUCUUCCGACCAACAACCUGGAAACAGCCCCAUCAACAGCCGUUCCCUCCACUGUGUGGCUGAAUCCAACUUGCGCUACAUAAAGCAGGGGCUCUUCUCUGUGACCAACCCACACCCGGAAAUUUUUCUCGUUGCCCGGGUGGAGAAGGUGCUUCAAGGAAGCAUUGCUCACAGCGUGGAGCCGUACGUCAAGAAUUCAGAUCCUGCGAAGACAGCGCAAAAGGUCCAUAAGUUGGCGAAGGUGGUGUGCAGCCGUCUUGGCCGGUACCGGAUGCCCUUUGCUUGGGCGGUCAGGUCUGUCUUCAAAGACUCCCAAGGCACCUUAGACCUGGAUGGGAAGUUCUCUCCCCUCUAUAAGCAAGAGAGCAGCAAACUCUCCACAGAGGACCUCCUGAAGUUCUUGGCCGAGUAUAAGAAACCAGAGAAGACAAAACUACAAGUGAUACCUGGCCAACUGAAUGUGACGCUGGAAUGCGUCCCCUUGGAGCUCUCAAACUGCCUCACGGCUGCUUUCAUCCCCAUCAAGCCCUUUGAGGGACAGGAGCGGCGGGAUGAUGUGGCUCUCGAGGUCGAUGAAUUUGUGCCUGAAGUGGCCAAAUACUGCUGCCCGUUCACCACCUAUAGAAAUCGACUCUACGUCUAUCCUUUGCAUCUGAAGUACGACGGCCAGAAGACGUUCGCCAAGGCAAGGAACAUCGCCAUCCGGGUGGAAUUCAAGGACUCUGACGAAGGAGACGCCAAAGCCUUAAAGUGCUUCUAUGGCAAACCCGGAGGGCCUCUGUUCACCUCGCAUGCCUAUGCUUGUGUCUUGCACCACAAUCAGAGCCCUGAGUUUUACGAUGAGAUCAAAAUCCAGCUUCCGAUCCAUCUUCAUCAGAAGCACCACUUGCUGUUCACCUUCUAUCACAUCAGCUGCGAAAUUAACACAAAGGGGACAGCGAAGAAACAGGACACCGUAGAGACCACAGUUGGCUUUGCCUGGCUUCCUUUGCUGAAAGACGGGCUGAUUAUCACCUCUGAGCAGCAGCUCCCGGUCUCGGCCAACCUGCCAGCUGGCUACCUGAGUGCCGGAGAUUCCGAGGCACGAAAGCCAAAUAGCGACAUCAAGUGGGUGGAUGGAGCCAAGGCCCUCUUCAAGCUGAAGCUGCACUUGGAAUCCACCAUAUAUACUCAGGAUCGUCACUUGCAUAAAUUCUUCCAGUAUUGCCAGACGAUUCAGGGUGGUGCCAAAGGAGUGCCAGGAGAACUUGUGAAAUAUCUGAAGUGUUUGCACGCCAUGGAGAUCCAGGUCACGAUACAGUUUUUGCCAGUGAUUCUUACGCAACUCUUCCGAGUCCUCACCAGGCACCCAGAAGAGGAAGAAGUGGCCAUCAACAGCACUAUGGUUCUUCUCUACAUCGUGUCCAGGUGCCAUGAGGAGAAUCUUGACCACUAUUUGCGGACGUUCAUCAAGUUCUGCUUUCAGCCUGAGAAGCCCAGCGGGCCCCAGGCUAAGAUGACGCACGAAAUCUUGGCAGGAGCUAUAUCAACAAUCCUCAAGCAGUCCGCAGAUUUCUUGGCCAUCAAUAAGAUGCUGAAGUAUUCGUGGUUUUUCUUUGAGAUUCUGGUGAAGUCCAUGGCUCUUUAUCUCCUGGAUGAGAACAAGAUUAAGCUUCCCAGGCCACAAAGGUUCCCAGAGUCCUACGGUCACGCACUGCAUUCUUUGCUGCUCUCCAUAAUUCCACACGUCAACAUUCGCUACAGCGAAAUCCCAGAAGAGUCGAGAAAUGUCAACUUCUCCUUGGCCAACUUCUUGAAGCGAUGUUUGACCUUCAUGGACCGAGGAUUUAUCUUCAACCUCAUCAAUGACUACAUUUCUGGGUUCAGUCACAAAGACCCGAAGCUCUUGGUGGAAUACAAGUUUGAAUUUCUGCAGACCAUCUGCAACCACGAGCACUACAUUCCGCUGAAUUUGCCGAUGAAUUUUGCCAAGCCAAAGUUUCAGCGAACACAAGAUGUCAACCUUGAGUACAGUCUAAGCGAUGACUAUUGCCGCCACCACUUCUUGGUGGGGGUGCUCCUACGAGAGACGUCCGCUGCCCUGAAGGACAACUCUGACGUCCGAUACUUGGCCAUCAGUAUCUUGAAAAGCCUUCUCAUCAAGCAUGCUUUUGAUAACAGAUAUCAGCACAAGAACCAACAAGCCAAAAUAGCCCAGCUGUAUUUACCUCUUGCCGGAAUCCUUUUGGAAAACGUCCAGCGGUUGGCCGGCCCGGACAACUUGUAUUUGUGCACCCCAAUGUCCACCUCUGCCUCCCGCGAUGAGUUCCUGUGCAGCUUUGCCUCCCCUUCCAACAGGUCCAGCCUCAUUGUGGAUAAAGAUUCACUUUAUGGCACCGGGUUCCAGAAUGGACUUUUCUUGAAGAGGGAAGAUUCGCGGGGGUCCCUCGCUUCGGAGGGAACGGCCGGCUCCCCCGAUCAGCCUUCCUCCGGCGAAAACAUGCGGAAAAGUUCCACACGCAGCAGCCUCUCCCAUUUUGGGCGGCUGGACCAGUACGAGAUCCGCAGCCUGCUUGUCUGCUACCUUUACGUCAUCAAGAUGCUGUCUGAAGAUACCUUGUUGUCCUACUGGAACAAAAUAUCUCCCCAGGAGCUGAUGAAUGUCUUGGUUCUGCUAGAAGUCUGUCUCUUCCACUUCCGAUACGUGGGGAAAAGGAACAUUGCCAGGGUCCAGGAUGGGUGGCUCUCCAAACACACAAGCAUUGACCGGAAAUCCCAAACGAUGCCCGUCCUCCGUAGCCGGGCGAGCACCAUGCAGGCCCGGCUUCAGCACCUGAGCAGCCUGGACAGCUCUUUCACGCUGAAUCACAGUGCCGGCACAUCGGAGGCAGACAUUGUCCAUCAGGCCUUGCUGGAAGGCAACCUGACCACAGAAGUGACCUUGACGGUGCUGGACACCAUCGCCUUCUUCACCCAGUGCUUCAAGAACCAGCUUUCGAACAAUGACGGACAUAACCCACUGAUGAAAAAGGUGUUUGAUGUCCACUUGGCCUUCCUCAAAAACGGACAAUCGGAGGCGGCCCUGAAGCACGUCUUCGCCUCUCUCAGAGCUUUUAUCAACAAGUUCCCGGCAGCCUUCUUCAAGGGGAGGGUGACCAUGUGCUCUGCCUUCUGCUACGAGGUCCUGAAGUGUUGCACGUCCAAGCUCAGCUCCACACGGAGCGAGGCCUCUGCCCUCCUCUACCUCCUCAUGAGGAACAACUUUGAGUUCACCAAGCGGAAGACCUUCUUAAGAACUCACCUCCAGAUCAUUAUUGCGGUGAGCCAGUUGAUAGCCGACGUGGCGCUCAGUGGCAGCUCACGUUUCCAAGAAUCCCUCUCAAUUAUCAAUAAUUUUGCCAACAGCGACCGGCCGGUGAAGGCAACCACGUUCCCCUCCGAAGUCAAGGAUCUGACCAAGAGGAUCCGCACGGUGCUAAUGGCCACUGCCCAGAUGAAAGAACAUGAGAAAGACCCUGAGAUGUUGGUUGACCUGCACUUCAGCUUGGCCAAGUCUUACGCCAGCACUCCGGAGCUGCGGAAGACCUGGCUGGACAGCAUGGCCAAGAUCCAUGUCAAAAAUGGGGAUUUCUCGGAGGCAGCCAUGUGCUACAUUCACGUUGCAGCGUUAGUGGCAGAGUUUCUUCACAGGAAAAAGUUAUUCCCUACUGGGUGCUCAUCUUUCAGGAAAAUCACACCCAACAUUGACGAAGAAGGUGCCAUGAAGGAAGAUGCAGGGAUGAUGGAUGUCCAUUACACUGAGGUAAGGGCAGCUACCGAAGGGCCAGAGGAGAUUUGUUUUAACCCCCAACUGAUCUCCAAGGCCUUCUCUCUUUCUUGGCUCCCGUCCAUAGAGUUAUUCCCUACUGGGUGCUCAUCUUUCAGGAAAAUCACACCCAACAUUGACGAAGAAGGUGCCAUGAAGGAAGAUGCAGGGAUGAUGGAUGUCCAUUACACUGAGGAAGUGCUGGUGGAGCUGCUGGAGCAAUGCGUCGACGGCUUGUGGAAAGCUGAGCGCUACGAGGUCAUUGCCGAGGUGGCCAAGAUGAUGAUCCCCAUCUACGAGAAGCGGCGCGAGUUUGAGAAACUGACCCAGGUGUACCGAACGCUCCACGGCGCAUACAGUAAAAUCCUGGAAGUGAUGCAGAGCAAAAGGAGACUCCUGGGCACCUACUUCCGAGUCGCAUUCUACGGACAGGCUUUCUUUGAAGAGGAGGAUGGGAAAGAGUACAUCUACAAGGAGCCCAAAUUAACUGGCCUCUCGGAAAUAUCCUUCCGGCUGCUGAAACUCUACGGAGAGAAAUUUGGAGCCGAAAAUGUCAAAAUUAUCCAGGAUUCCAACAAGGUGAACCCCAAAGAUCUAGACGCCAAGUACGCUCACAUUCAGGUGACUUACCUGAAGCCGUUUUUUGAUGAGAAGGAGCUUUCGGAGCGGAAGACGGGGUUUGAAAGGAACCACAACAUCAACCAGUUUGUCUUCGAGACCCCGUACACCUUGUCUGGCAAGAAACAUGGAAACGUGGAGGAACAGUGCAAGAGACGGACUAUCCUCACUACCUGCCACUCUUUUCCAUAUGUGAAGAAAAGGAUCCUCGUCAGAUGCGAACAGCAGGUCAACCUGAAGCCGAUUGACGUGGCAACGGAUGAAAUCAGAGACAAGACCUCUGAGUUGCAGCAGCUUUGUGCUUCGCCAGACGUGGACAUGAUCCAGCUGCAGUUGAAACUUCAGGGCGCCGUUUCGGUGCAAGUCAACGCUGGUCCCCUGGCCUACGCUCGAGCAUUCUUGGAUGACAAGCUCUCCAGCAAAUAUCCCGCAAAGAAGGUGGCCGAACUCAAGGACAUGUUCAGGAAAUUUAUCCAAGCCUGCGGAAUCGGCCUGGAGUUCAAUGAAAGGCUGAUCAAGGAAGACCAAGUCGAAUAUCACGAGGAGCUGAAGUCCAAUUUCAGGGAGAUGGUGAAAGAGCUGUCGGACAUCCUGCACGAACAGAUCUACCAAGAAGACCCCGGGCAUCCGUCUUGGUUGCCCAACACCCUUCACGUCUUCUGUGCCAUUAGCGGGACUUCAGGGGAAAGAUACAGCUCCUUCUGAAACCUACCUGGAGCUUCGGGAGGGGACCAGCCAGAGAACCUCUGGACACUUGCCAGGCCUUUCUCAGGAAUAUUCUGAAUGCUGCCUGAAACCGGGGAACCUCCGAUGCCUAACCGGGGGUGGGGGAGGUCUCCCCGUCCCUCUUCCUCACAGGGUACUUAUUUGAACCGGGAAAGUGCCUCCUGCCUCUCUCUUCUACCUUCCUUCGUUGCGUAGUGCUGAACGUACCUCGAAAGCAUUGAUCGGAUCCUGCCAUCCCCCGGAACACGGGGCUCCCAAAUCCUGCCUUGUAAAGCUGUACAAUGGAAUAUAAUAAAGUGGGAAGCUGGUUUUUUGUAA